AAAGGAUGAAAAGCAGAAAGCACGAAGAUUCUUUAACACAAUCAGACUCCACAAAAAAAAAAAAAAUCUGAAUUGACCCAGAAAAAUGAAGAACUGUAUCGUUGUCGGAUGCAAAAGAACAUUUACAAAUGUAGGGCAAAGGAUGCAUCAACUAUGAUUGCCAAAUUGCGUCGUGAGUGUAGGAUAAUGGUCCACAAGGGUUCAAGGAAUGGACUCGACCGUCUAUUAAUGCAUCUAUCUGAAACGGAGAAACAGGUUGUCAAAAUGUUUAUUGCCAAGGCAGCAAUAGAUCCGGCGCAUGACAAACACCGUCGCACAAUGCGAUUCGAACACUCCUUCCUAAUUCAGUGUGCCAUUCUCAGAAUUAAAAGUCACACAGUAUAUGUACAUCUAAGAGCGAAUGGAUUGCUCCCCCUCCAAAGUCUUUCUACUAUGAGGAGGUUAUUAAGCUCCGCGGAGUGCAAGUUCGGAUUCAAUUCACUUGCGUUAGAGCAUAUAUUGGAGGCAUCGAAAGGAUUGCAACCAUUCGAACGCUGGGGCACACUGAUGUGGGAUGAAAUUUCUAUAACCAAAGACAUGAGAUUCGAUACUAGAAGUCUUAAGUGGAAAGGCAUCGUCGACUAUGCCGGGGAGACUACCAUCAUGGUUCCAAAUGGACUUGCUGAUCACGUAUUGAUGUUCGUCUUCAGGCCAUUUCUGCAAGGUUGGAUCCAGCCAUUUGCGUGGUUUGGCACUAAAGGUGGUGCUCCCGGUGUAGUAUUACUAGAACUCGUUACGAAAAGUAUUGUACGUCUUUUCAAUGCUGGGGCUAUCGUGAAAGCGUGCAUCUGCGAUGGGUUUUCAACCAACAAAUCGCUGUAUGAAAAAAUGCUAAAAUGUCAAAACUCGCUUAAUACUUAUUUACUGUUUCGUACUCUUUAAGGAAUUCUACCUCGUGCAAGUUGUUGAAAAAAAACGAUAAUAUAUAUGAUA